CGUCGGCGAUGGCGGACGGUGGAGCGGAGCCGCCGGCCAAGCGGCUGUGCCUGGGCGACUGCGGGGCGACGGCGAGAGCGGCCCAGACAAAGCCCGGCCACGGCAGGCUCCACAAGCCCGACACCCUGCUGGACAUCAGCGCCAAGAAAGUGGCGGAGAAAUGGCCCUUCGAGCAGGUAGAGGAGAGAUUUUCUCGAAUUCCGGAGCCAGUUCAGCGGAGGAUUAUUUUCUGGUCCUUCCCCAGAAACGAGCGAGAGAUCUGCAUGUACUCCUCACUCAGCUAUCAGUGUCAGGAAGGGGAGAAGGAUGGUGAAGUUCCUUUCAACAAAGGGCUAAGAUUAUUGGAGACUGGAGCCAUAGAUCGGGUACUACAAGUAGGGUUUCAUUUGAGCGGAACUGUGACUGAGCUAGCCAGCCAGGGUGAACCUGAGAAAAUGUACAAAGUUGCUAUCAGCUUUGACCGCUGCAAGAUUACCUCUGUGACGUGUGGUUGUGGUAACAAGGACAUCUUCUACUGUGGCCACGUAGUGGCCCUCUCUCUCUAUCGUAUCCGCAAAGCUCAGCAGGUGGAGCUGCGUCUCCCCAUCUCUGAAACAUUAUCACAAAUGAACCGGGAUCAGCUGCAGAAGUUUGUCCAGUACCUCAUUACGGCUCAUCACACAGAGGUGCUUCCAACCGCUCAGAAACUGGCUGACGAAAUUCUGUCAUCAUGCUCGGAAAUUAAUCAAGUGCAUGGUGCUCCUGAUCCCACCGCAGGUGCAAGUAUAGAUGAUGAGAACUGCUGGCAUCUAGAUGAAGAACAGGUACAGGAACAGGUGAAAGUGCUGCUGUCAAUCAGUGGAUACUAUGGAGCUAGCAAGCAACUACACUCCAUGUUUGCUAAGGUGCGGGAGAUGCUCAGGAUGCGGGACUCCAACGGGGCUCGUAUGUUGACUCUAAUGACUGAGCAGUUUAUGGAAGACCCACGGCUCUCACUAUGGAGACAACAGGGGACAGGAAUGACUGAUAAAUGCCGGGAGCUGUGGGAUGAGUUAGGUGCUCUCUGGGUGUGUGUAGUACUGAACCCUCACUGCAAACAGGAGGAGAAAGCUGGCUGGCUUGAGCUGCUCAGGAAGUGGAACAACAUGGAUGUCUGCCCACAAGAAGAUGGUAACUAUGGCAAUCAUGUCAACGAAACCCCUAGCAUCACUGCUGGUAUACAACACAACUCAAAUCGAAACCCAGCAGGAUCCCGGAGAACCGUUUUUGUGCGUGCAAUAGAAGCCUGUGGUCUGGACUGGAAGGACUGCCACCUUCGAAAAAUUAUUAGUAGUGACAACUACACAAACCAGUGGAGGGAUGGAGACCGGUCACUCUUCGACUCGCAGGGGCGGCCCCUUUGGCUCGAGCAUGUCCCAACUGCUUGCGCCAGAGUGGAUGCACUGAGAUCACACGGGUACCCACGGGAAGCUCUUCGUUUGGCUAUCGCUAUUGUCAAUACUCUCCGAUUGCAGAAAAGGCGGCACUUGGAAACGUACAAGCAGCAAAAGAAGGAGUUGUUACAAAAAGGGGCAACAACCAUUUCAAAUCAGGAAGGUUGGGUCGGACAUCCUCUGGAUCCUAUUGGGUGUUUGUGCAGGACCUUGCUCGAAGCUUGUAAAAUGGAGGAUGAGAGCUCCAUUUUGUUCACUGAUUCAAUGAAUGAUAUUCGGAAGCCAGUCUAUCAGCACUUUCCAAUUCCUGGCAGCAGCAACACAGGAGAGUCCUACUAUGCUCUUGCACUUGAGGUGGCACUAAUAGGAUUAGGGCAGCAGAGGUUAAUGCCAGAAGGGCUCUAUGCCCAGGACAAGGUCUGUCGAAAUGAAGAACAGCUUAUAUCGAUGCUGUCUCAAAUGGAAUUUGAUGAACGGCUAGUUCAAGUUUUGCGUAAGCAAGCACUCUUAUUACUGGAAGGAGGUCCAUUCAGUGGUCUAGGUGAGGUAGUCCAUCGAGAAAGUGUUCCCAUGCACACUUUUGCAAGAUACCUGUUCAAAGCUCUCCUGCUCCAUGACCCUGACCUGGCCUACAAAGUAUCUUUAAGAGCAAUGAGGCUGCCAGUGCUGGAAUCUAUGGCGCCAGCAGGUGACGGCUCUCACCCGCACCUUGUAGCAUUAGUGGAUCCAAGCCGCUACCCACGUUGGUUCAUCCUCGGGCACCUUGAAACUCAACAGUGUGAGCUGGCAUCCACCAUGUUAACGGCUGCAAAAGGAGACCCAAAGUGGCUGCGAGUGGUUUUGGAGUCCAUUCAACAGAACAUUCAUUCUCCAUCGCUCAUAUACAAACUAGCACAAGAUGCUUGCAAAACAGCUACGCCACCAAACUGUGCACCCGACAUUACACUCCUUAAUGUAUCCCUGGAGCUAGGACUACAGGUGAUGAGAAUGACGCUGUCUACCAUGAACUGGCGUCGUCGUGAGAUGGUCCGUUGGCUGGUGAGCUGUGCUACAGAAGUUGGUGUCUGUGCCUUGAUGAAUAUAAUGCAGAAUUGGUAUUCUCUCUUCACUCCAACUGAAGCAACUACAAUCGUAGCUGCCACGGUAACAUCUCAUGCCACUGUUUUGCGCUUGAACCUGGACUAUACCCAACGCGAGGAGCUAGAUAGUUGUGCCCGGACACUUGCACUCCAGUGUACAAUGAAGGACCCUCAGAAUUGCGCACUUUCAGCUCUAACGCUGUGCGAAAAGAACCACGUAGCCUUUGAAACCGCGUACCAGAUUGUCCUGGACUCUGCCUCCACGGGGAUGAGCUACUCUCACUUAUUCACCAUCGCUCGAUACAUGGAGCACAGAGGCUUCCCGAUUCGGGCCUACAAAAUGGCCAGCCUUGCCCUCUCCCACCUCAACGUCGCCUACAAUCAGGACACGCACACAGCCAUCAACGACGUCCUGUGGGCCUGCUCCCUGAGCCACUCGCUGGGCAAGAAUGAGUUGGCUGCGAUAGUGCCGCUGGUCAUCAAGAGCGUGCAGUGUGCCCCCGUGCUGUCGGACAUCCUGAGGAGGUGGACUAUGUCUGCCCCUGGCCUGGCUGGCGUUCCCGGCCGGAGGAAUUCUGGGAAGCUCAUGUCGACAGAAAAGGCCCCGCUCUGCCAGCUGCUCAACGCGACGAUCGACGCUUACAUCAGCACCACGCACUCGCGCUUGACACACAUCAGCCCCCGCCAUUAUGGCGAGUUCAUAGAAUUCCUCAGCAAAGCUCGGGAGACCUUCCUGAUGGCUCAGGAUGGGCACAUUCAGUUUACACAGUUUAUAGACAACCUCAAACAGACCUACAAGGGCAAGAAAAAGCUCAUGAUGCUGGUUCGAGAACGCUUUGGCUGAAAUUCGGGAUUCCGCCUGUCCCAAGUCUUCCUAUGUUGCAGUGAAGCCCUUUUUUUUUCUCUAAAAGGCGAGAAAGAGGCACAAACCUACCAAGUCAUUCCACACGCAGUAUUUCCGUGGCUGAAAACAGACGCUUAUCAGCUGACCUCCAGGAGCUUGCCCUGGCGUCCAGUCUGCAAAUCUACCAAGAGUGGAGCUUAAAAUGCCCUCCAGCUUCAGGAUUCUUGUCAGGGGCAGGAGGGGUACUGGCGUUAAGAAACUGGGCCUGCCAGUGUUUAAAGGGUUGGGUGGGGGUUGGAAUGGGUCAGACUGGCACGUGAAUGCUAAACUUCCAGUGAGUGGGUCACCCUGGCUGAAGGCCUCCUGUCAUUUCACAGACCCUGAGUGUUAGUUGUAUGCUUUGUUGCAGUUACUUGUGAAGCGAUUGUAUGCUGCUAGGUGCUCUUUUGCAGUACCUGCUUGGAGGCAUAAUUUUGAUGAGGGGGGGGGGUGGAGGUGUGUGGUUAAAUCCAUACAUUGAGCAUACUCUCCACUUGGUUGCCUAAUGGUUAAAGAAUUUAUAAUGGAGUAUUUCACCCCACCUAUAAUAAGACCUAGAGUGGUGGACCCUCAUUAGGAAGAGUCCUGUGUAAAUCUCACUCUGGUGGGAUGUUUAUAGACGGGUUUUCAGCCUCCUUCCCCCACUACCACCCGCCUGCAACGGAAUCCCCUUUCUUGGGAGUGCAUUGCAAUGGCCAGUGAUAGGAAAGGGGGCAAUUUCAUACUGGCACAAUAGGAGGGUGCCCUUACAAAGUUGAGUGUCAGGAAGAGCACCCUUUGCUCUGCAUCUCUGUCUUUGUCUGUCUCUCUCUCUCUCUCUCUCUCUCUCUCUCUCUCUCUCUCUUCUCUCGAAUGUGAUGCUGACACAGUGCCAAAAAUAGAAGUGUUCCAUUCCCAAGCACAGCUUAGAUUUCACUCUCUUAAUUAACAGUAUUUUUAUAUUUCAAUUUUCUCAAAAUUCAAUCCAUUUAGGAUUUUUGUUCAAACAGUUGUUUUUCUGUGUAACUUUAACAUUUACAAAUGACCUGACAUAAACCCUCCAUGUCCCAUAAGGUUUGGAUUGUGUUUGGGCUCUCUAAAUGGAGACACCACUGAGCAAACCUUCCCUUCCCCGAAGCCUUCUAACCACCAUUUUCCCCCCAAAAAAGGAGCUUUUUUUAAAAUGGGGUUGCUUGCACAUCUUAAACCCCUAAAGUAGGGUUGAAAUGCUGCCGUUCUAUUGCAAAAUGCUGUUCACAGAAGAGACUUACAGGGCUGUGAAAUACAAGCUGUUUUAUUUAGGUGUCUCCCCAACACUACCCCCCCUCCCCCCCCAACCCAAACCAACUUAAGGUGGUUAAAGGAUUCUGUUUGUUUUUUUUUGUAGUAGUUUCCCUGUACCUCUCUUCAGAAAAUGUGCAGAGCAGUCUUAAUUGAAGCUGUAGAUUUUAGCUCCUUGCAAUGAGCUUGUCAAAGGGAAUAGUCUCCUUCAAGAAUUAAAUAAGUAAAAAGUGUGUGAUAGUUGGGAUGCAUGUGGAAGGCCUGAGCCAGCAUGUGCAGGAAAUCGAAUUCCCUUCAUCUGGUAUUCUCUGACCCCACUUGCCCCGGUCUCGAGCCAGCUCAAAAUGCACAGACGUCGACCAAAAACUAAAACAAAAAAAUCACCCCGGAGACCCCAGCAGAUAACCACAUUACCUGCUAUACCAAAAUCUCCUCUUGACGUAUACCUCUUUCCACUGCUGUCUGUAUGUGUAUAUAUAUGUGUGUGUGUGCGCGCACGCGCGUCUCUUUCUUUCUUUCUCUCUCUGCGUUUCUCUCUCGCCAACAAACUCCUGCCAAACUUGAAUUUAAAAAAAGAAAGGAAGAAAAGAAAAACAAUAAGCCAUUCUGAUCAGGCGCAUGUGUUUUUUUUUUAAAUGUAAACCUGUGUGUGCUGUGACUGAGCCCAAUCUCAGGGAAGGAGGAGGAAACAUUUUGUAAAUAGUAUUUUAUUUGUCAAAUUAAUAUGAAAGAAAGUUUAAAAGAACCUUUAAUUUAUGGAAUAUGUGUAAUACAGUACUUGAAUUUCUUUUGUGGGCAAAGCAGUGUCAUCUUUAAAUUUUUUGAUGUAUUGCACAGCUGUAGGGACAAACUUAAAACAGCUGCUGGUCAGUUUAAUUGCUCUUGAUUUUUGUACAGUGUAUUCCAAAUUUUUUGUUAAAUAUUUAUUGAAGUUUGUAAAUGGUUUCACUGUUGAGAAAUAGACCUAUUAAGACGUUGAA